GUGAUGUUUUGGACUUAUGAAUGAAAUAGUGAUCGAUGGAGAAUUUCCAAUGUUUUUUUAACGAGUCCCUCGGGAACACACAGACGAAGAUGCAGCGAGACUUUGAGAUGAGAGUUCUAGAAACAUUUCAAAGAUAGGACAAAUAUCUCCUGUCAUCAAACAAACAGUGAGCACAUUCGCGUCAUUUCUCCCACGUUUCUGUUGAGAGUCAUAAAUUUGAAGUUGUAUAUAAUUUGGACUAUCUUGGAAUAUCUCGCAGAAUCACUCUUGCCAACAGGUGUUACUUUGGACUGAUUAGGCAAUUGAACUCUAAAAGUCGCUUAUUAUUCACGUCCUUAUGAAUGGUGCAGAAGAGUGGACGAUGUCAACAUCCGAUAAGACGACACAAGGACUUUUCGAGGGAAAGGUUUUAAACAUGGGCAACGGCAAAUACCUCAGACGAUGGAACGAUGUGCUGUAUGAGUUAUUCGACGAUAUUGACAUAGUUCAUCGAAUAAAAAGACAGCGGCUGCGCUGGCUAGGUCAUGUUGUUCGAAUGGACGAAAGUGCUAUAGCUUUGAAAGUGUUCAAUGCAGUACACGCUGGUGGAAGCCGAGGAAGACCUCCACUCCGUUGGAAAAACCAGGUGGAGAAGGAUAUGGCUGCACUUGGGAUUUCCAAUUGGCGCCAAACUGCGAGAAGGAAGGACAAAGGAGUGGUGCACUGUUGUAAACUCGGCUAUAACCGUAUAAGCGGUGUCUGCGCCAGUUAAGAAGAAUAUUUGUUUACCAAAUCAAGUAUACUAAAUGGAACCGGAACUUAAAAUCUCUUAAGAAUUUCGAAGAAAAUAAUUGGGCAAGCUAGGUCAAGGUCAUGCUGACGCCAUAACAUAUUAUACAUAUAUCUGAAGCAUGGAAUAAACGACGGUUCUAUUUACAAAUGAUUGGAUUGAACUAUUCUAGACAACUUUUCCAACACACAAAUUAUAAUUAUUCAAAUAAGAGAACCCACAGAUACUUCCUUUAUGUGUUGAACUUUUUAGGGAAACAGUAAUAUAUGCAGAUACCAUACCCACUUGUAAGGAUAAAUACGAUUAUUUUACAAGAAUAAAUAAAGUUAAGCAAUAAGAGGCUCCAAGUAACCGGUUUGCACCAAUACCAAAAUAUAUGUAACUUCAGCUAGUCUCGAAAAUAAGUGAAAUAACCAAGAAGAGCGACGCAACAAAGAAACGAAUUUCGUGGCGAAAGAAAAAUAAGACGAAGAAGAAGGCGCAAAGUGGAAAUACCGCCAACACGAGAAACAGAAACAACACAAUGAGUAACAUGUAGACACCACAGCCGUACAACUAAGAAGACCACAGAUCGAACAACAACAACAACAACAAGAACAAGCAGCUAACCAGUCAGCUAGCCACAACCAAGUGUCAAUCCCGCCAGUGCAUUAGCACCGAACCAACGAGCGACCAAGCCAGCACAGCUAGCCAACAAGACAAACGAAAGACUUCAAUUCAGUUUGGCGAAGACAACGAACUCGAACAGAGUUAGAGCUGUGCGCUAACGGGUAAAACGGUUUGUGCUAAGACAAGACCAGAGAGCGUUGAAAGCGUUUUAAGUAUUGCAAGCGUUUUGAGCUAGUAAAACGAUUUUUUUUUUUGUUAAACGCUGCAAAGCAAAGCCGAAGACAAACAAGUCAAAGAAGUUGCUGCUAAAAUCGGCUUAAGCAAAGUUUGUAGCAAACUUUGGCAAAGUGAAAGGGCGGGUUGAGUUAAAAUAUUUACUCGUAUACAUGCUGCAUGUAUAACGGUGCCGAAUGCAAAGUGAAGUGAAUAACGAAACCAAUUGUAUUGAAUUGAAAGUAAAUAUAGCAAAUUGCAUUGAAUAGCGAUUGUUUGGGCGACGACGAGUGUUGUGUCUGUGCGCUUGAGUUUGCAGUGUGAAAAAAUUUGCGAUUUUGCGGAGGCGACAAGCAGCAGCGAGCUUGUGGCGUAUACAUAUGUGUUGGUGUAUGAAGUGAAGACAGCAAAGACAGGCGACUUGAAAACGAGAUAGGAUGCACGGUUACAUUUGGUGACGGAUAAGCUCUAGUAUUUACAUAGAAUUAACACGAUAAUGGUUCAACAUAUUGGAACUUAAAAGCAGUAACAUCAUCAGCUGCAACGACGCAAUUGAAAGCAAGUGAAACAGCAUCGGCUCAAAGCAUUUAUAUAGCUGCAGCAGAUUAUUAAUUUACAAUAGAGCACAAAAGAUUUGUGGCAACAGCAACAACAACAAACGUAACAAUAUUUUCGUGUUCAACUUGUGUAACCGUGGGAGAUGUCUGCCGUAAGACAUCGGCCCCUGGCACCGCCGGGCACUGCCGGCGACAGCGAUGACAACUUUACCGACGACGAGAGUACACCAUUAACUCAAGAUAUUUAUGGCGGAAGCCAACGCACAAUACAAGAAACAAAAGGCUGGGAUGUUUUCCGUGAUCCGCCGAUCAAGGUCGAGACGGGCUCGACGGCCAAUCAGGAAUGCCUCGAACUCACAGUGAAGAUUUUGAAAAUCUUCGCAUAUGUUUUCACAUUCCUCAUGGUGUUAAUAGGUGGGGUUAUGGCAAAGGGCUGUGUACUCUUUAUGACAUCACAAAUACGUAAAGAUAAGAAAAUAGAAUACUGCAAUAAAGAUUUGGGACGCGACAAAACAUUCGUCGUAAAAUUACCCGAAGAGGAGCGUAUAGCAUGGAUUUGGGCGCUAUUGAUUGCCUACGCGAUACCCGAAUUUGGCUCUUUCAUACGUUCGGCACGUAUUUGUUUCUUCAAAACAUUUCGUAUGCCCAAAACGGGACACUUUCUCUUCGUCACACUGAUGGAGAGUCUGAGUUGUUUUGGCACCGCUUUACUUAUGUUCGUCGUGCUGCCACAAAUCGAUGCCAUACAGGGUGCCAUGUUGACGAAUUGCUUGUGCGUUAUACCUGGAAUACUGGGGCUUUUGUCACGCAGUGCGAAGGAGGGUAAGCGCGCCGUGAAGGUACUCAUCGAUAUGGCUGCGAUUGCGGCACAAGUAACUGGUUUCGUUAUAUGGCCUUUACUGGAGAACCGCCCCGAAUUAUGGGUCAUACCGAUUGCCUGUGUUAUGAUCUCUUGCGGUUGGUGGGAGAACUUUGUGUCACUACAAUCGCCUAUCGGCUUGGUGCGGGCAAUGGGACGCGUGAAGGAUGAGAUGCGUACUACUCGUUACUUCAAUCACAUGUUCCUUUCCUUGUGGAAGAUUGUGUUGUUCCUCUGUUUGGCGCUGCUGAUCUUUUGGGCGCAGGGUGAAGAGCCUAGUGACAUAUUCAGCUUGUAUGGUGAUGCAUUGGGGCCACAUAAAAUUUCCAUUGACGAAUUGGCUACGAGUUUAACGGGCAACUUGCCAGACACAUUGGAUGCGGCCAAUAUCGAUAGCAUUGAGAUUGACGCCGUACACAAUACGGUUAUUUAUGUGUUACUUCUGCAGAUUUUCGGCGCUUACAUUUGUUACAUCUUUGGAAAAUUCGCUUGUAAAAUUCUAAUUCAGGGUUUCAGUUACGCUUUCCCAGUGAGUUUGACAAUACCCAUCACGGUUUCGCUGUUGAUCGCAGCCUGUGGCUUGCGCAUAGAUGAUCCUUGCUUUUUCCAUGACACUAUACCGGACUAUCUGUUCUUCACAAGCCCACGCAACUUCCGUUUCAACGAUUUUGUGACACAACAAAUGGCUUGGGCGUGGAUAUUAUGGCUGCUUAGUCAGACAUGGAUCUCACUGCACAUCUGGACGCCGAAAUGUGAACGUUUGGCCACAACUGAGAAGUUAUUCGUACGCCCGAUGUAUUCAGCGCUACUGAUUGACCAAUCUAUGGCCAUGAAUCGACGCAGAGAUGACCAAGCUGACGUGAAGACCGAGGAUCUAUCGGAAAUUGAGAAGGAGAAAGGCGACGAAUACUACGAGACCAUUUCUGUGCAUACCGACGGCUCAGCCAUACAAAAUAAGCCGAGCAUUAAGUCUUCCGAUCACAUUACCAGAAUCUAUGCAUGUGCUACUAUGUGGCAUGAAACUAAAGACGAGAUGAUGGAGUUCUUGAAGAGUAUUAUGCGCAUGGACGAAGAUCAGUGUGCGCGACGUGUCGCUCAGAAGUAUCUGCGCAUCGUCGAUCCUGAUUACUAUGAAUUUGAAACACAUACCUUCUUCGAUGACGCUUUUGAAAUUUCCGAUCACAGCGAUGACGACAUUCAAGUCAACCGUUUCGUCAAAUUGCUUGUAGCCACUAUGGAUGAUGCGGCUUCCGAAAUUCAUCAGACCACCAUACGCUUACGUCCACCCAAAAAGUAUCCAACUCCAUAUGGUGGUCGUCUAGUAUGGACUCUACCUGGUAAGACCAAGUUCAUUGCACAUCUCAAGGAUAAGGAUCGUAUACGUCAUCGUAAACGUUGGUCACAAGUCAUGUACAUGUACUAUUUGCUCGGUCAUCGUCUCAUUGAACUGCCCAUAUCAGCUGAUCGUAAAGAUGAGAUUGCACAAAACACUUACUUGCUAACUUUGGAUGGUGAUAUUGAUUUCAAACCGAACGCUGUAACGCUGCUUAUCGAUUUGAUGAAGAAGAAUCGUAAUCUGGGAGCGGCAUGUGGACGCAUUCAUCCUGUGGGCUCUGGGCCUAUGGUAUGGUAUCAACUCUUCGAAUACGCCAUUGGCCAUUGGCUGCAAAAGGCCACCGAACAUAUGAUUGGCUGUGUGCUUUGUAGUCCCGGUUGCUUCUCACUUUUCCGUGGUAAAGCGCUUAUGGAUGACAAUGUCAUGAAAAAAUAUACAACACAAUCGGAUCAAGCUCGUCAUUACGUACAAUACGAUCAGGGUGAAGAUCGUUGGCUUUGCACUCUAUUGCUACAACGUGGUUAUCGUGUCGAAUAUUCAGCUGCCUCCGAUGCGUACACUCAUUGCCCCGAAGGUUUCAAUGAGUUCUACAAUCAACGUCGUCGCUGGGUACCUUCAACCAUAGCAAACAUUAUGGAUCUGCUGGGUGACGCCAAACGUACUAUCAAGAUUAACGACAACAUCUCGCUACUCUACAUCUUCUACCAAAUGAUGUUGAUUGGUGGCACCAUUCUUGGACCUGGCACGAUUUUCCUUAUGUUGGUGGGUGCUUUUGUAGCCGCUUUCCGUAUCGACAAUUGGACCUCCUUCCACUACAAUAUCGUGCCGAUUUUGCUCUUCAUGUUAGUCUGCUUCACAUGCAAAUCGAAUAUACAGCUAUUUGUGGCACAAGUGCUAUCCACGGCGUAUGCGCUCAUCAUGAUGGCGGUAAUCGUGGGUACGGCUUUACAGUUGGGCGAGGACGGUAUCGGUUCACCAUCCGCAAUAUUCUUGAUUGCUAUGACGAGUUCAUUUUGGAUAGCGGCGUGUUUGCAUCCGCAAGAGUUUUGGUGCAUCACAGCCGGUCUCAUCUACUUGCUCUCCAUACCAUCUAUGUACCUUUUGCUUAUCCUGUAUUCGAUUAUCAAUCUGAAUGUCGUCUCUUGGGGCACUCGUGAAGUGGUCGCUAAAAAGACGAAAAAGGAAAUGGAAGCGGAAAAGAAAGCAGCCGAAGAGGCAGCCAAGCGUGUUAAGCAAAAGAGCAUGCUGAGUUUCUUGCAAAGUGGCAUUGGCGAUAAUGGUGAUGAGGAGGGUUCCAUUGAAUUCUCUUUAGCUGGCUUAUUCCGUUGUAUACUCUGUACGCAUGGUAAAACAUCAGAGGAGAAAGCACAACUCACAGCGAUUGCCGAAUCUUUAAACACCAUCAAGACGAGAUUAGAAGCUUUGGAACACACUUUAGAUCCACAUGGUACUGCACGUCAUGGACGUAGACGUACUACAUCUAGCGGCUCGAAGGAUCAUCAUUUGUUGUCUUCGGUUGCGGAGAAGUCUGGUGAUGACUCUGAGGAAUCAGAUUCCGACACUUCGGCAGAGCCACGACAGGAACGUGAUUUCUUAACAAAUCCAUUCUGGAUUGAGGAUCAAGAUUUACGUAAGGGCGAGGUUGACUUCUUGUCUAGCACGGAACUGCAAUUCUGGAAAGAUUUGAUCGACAAGUAUCUAUUCCCUAUCGAUAACGAUCCGGUAGAACAGGCUAGAAUUGCUAAAGAUCUUAAAGAGUUGCGCGACUCCUCCGUGUUUGCCUUUUUCAUGUGUAAUGCCCUAUUCGUUUUAAUUGUGUUCUUGUUGCAAUUGAACAAGGACAACAUACACGUUAAAUGGCCUUUUGGUGUACGCACAAACAUAACCUACGACGAAUCCACACAAGAGGUACACAUUUCCAAGGAAUAUCUACAAUUGGAACCGAUCGGUUUAGUGUUUGUGUUCUUCUUUGCGCUCAUUCUGAUCAUACAGUUUACGGCUAUGUUGUUCCAUCGUUUCGGCACCAUUUCGCAUAUACUCGCAUCCACCGAUUUGAAUUUAUGCAAGAAGAAGUCGGAGGACACUUCACAGGAUGCGCUUAUAGACAAGCACGCAGUGGAGAUAGUCAAGAAUUUGCAACGUCUUCAAGGCAUAGACGGUGAUUACGACAAUGACUCUGGUAGUGGACCCGACCGCAUUGCACGUCGUCGUACGAUACAAAAUUUGGAGAAGGCGCGACAACCACGUCGCCAAAUCGGCACGUUGGACGUUGCUUUCAAGAAGCGUUUCCUCAAACUAACAGCAGAUGAAAACAAUCCAGCAACUCCAAUACUCACACGCCGUUUGACAAUGCGCGCCGAAACAAUACGCGCUCUCGAAGUGCGUAAGAACUCGGUAAUGGCGGAACGACGUAAGUCGGCUAUGCAAACACUGGGCGCAAAGAAUGAGUAUGGCAUUACCACAACAGCGGCGCUAAACAACAACGGCGUAAUACCCAAUCAGCGCAGUGGUCGAGUCUCAAAUGCGGGUAUUAGCAUCAAAGAUGUAUUCAACGCCAACGGCGGACCAGGCGAGCAAAUCUACGGUUCGAACGGUGGCGGCACCAUCAAUCAAGGCUAUGAGCAUGUACUCGAAGACGACGACCGCAACUCGCUGCGAUUGACUGCGCGUAAUCCCAAUCAACAAGUGUCAUGGGGACAGAAUAGCAGCAAUACGGGACGUUUGUAGGAAAGCGUCACUCAAAGCCACUUGCCAGCCAGAUAUCGAUUUUAUUGUAUUGUUGUUGAUGAUUUGUAUGAAACAAAAACAAAGGACUUUGUUAGUUAAUAAUAUUAGAAAUGUAAGCACGAUGUUGUCCUAGAAAAUCACCGCGAAGUGCUGUUGCAUAUUCUACUUUGUACUGGCCAAUUAAAUGUAGGAAUUAUAACCAUAGUUUUGUCGCGAAAUAUCAUAUAUAUAUAUUAUAAAACAACAAAAACAACUACUGUACUAAGCUACAAACACUGUCACAAAAUCACACACAGUGCUUUCUCGGACUUUCAGACUACCAAAAAGCUCAGAGGGAGGUCUUUGCUUUUAAAAGCUAUCGAAAAGUUUGUCAAAAAAUGAAACUCGAAUGCUUGAAUUAAGAUGUUUUUUUGCUUAAGAACGAAAUUUUUUAUGAAUAAUAAAACCUCAUAACCAUCCCUACACACAAGGUCACAAAUAAUAACUAUUGUAAUCAUUAAGCUACAUAACUUUAGCAAAUUCCAUUUCUUGUAUACAUUUGAGACCUGUCCAUUUUGUCAUUGGUCUAGAGUGACUAAUAACUAUUUUGAUAUUCCGAAAAGCGAAAAGUUAAGUAUUAUCACUUAACUUCUUGACUUAAAAUCUUGAAAUUAUUAAACUAGCGUGAGAAGAGUCUUCAUUAGUUAACUCCUUUGAAAAUGAUUCAAUACAAACUGGGUUAUGGUUGAACAUAGUGACAUAACCUCCGAAAAUAGUGCUGUUCCGUUGUGAUCUCUUCACUGACGAUCCUCAAAAUAUCAUAAAGCACUUCAAAAACAUAAUUUGAAAAAUGUUCUUUUAGACUUUCUGAGGCACUUUAUAGCUCAUUUCCAGCACAAAAUAUGUAACUACUUUUUUACUAUCCAUAAUUAAGCUAGGCUUAUUUACAACAGUCUUACACCGCGCUUUGGUUGUGAGAAAUGAAAAAAGAAUCACCAUUGAUGCAUUUGUCGAAUUCAGAAGUAUGAGAACUUAAACAAGUCCCAGCUAUAUAUAUUUUUCGAACGUGUUCAUGCAAUAAAUUUUAGUCACGAUAAUCGAGAAAGCACUGUCGGUACUCGUAUUCUGCAGAUUUUUUAAAGUUCAUAACUACUACUGCCACAACUAUAAAUACAUACAUACAUACUCUUAUAUACAUAUAUGAUAUUUUUUUAUAUUUUUCUACUGCUUCCAACUCUAAA